AUGUCUCCAAAGGAUGUGUACGAUGCGACAUGUGAGAAAAGAAAUCAGAAUUAGAGCUAUCACUCAUGGCUGGGCCAAAACGGCUCUCAUUCAUCUAAUCUAAUGACGGACUUCACCCUAACAAACUGGGCCAUCAGACACUUGCCGCUAAUAUCCAACACCACAUACACACCAACUGACUAACAUUGUUUACACACUCCCUGUCAUCCUCUCCCACUACCCCACCUGGAAACAGCGCCCCCCAGAGGCCCCCCUCCGGAACCCUCGCCCUCACCACCCCCACCACCGGCUCCCCCAACAGGCCCCAACUGGUACUGCACACCAACCCCAUCGACCCCACUACAUCAAGCUCCCCCUCCUGGUCCAAACAGCUACUACACCCUCCAACCACAGACUCUCCUUCCAAACAAUUGCAAACAAUUCAAACAAUUACAACUACUGGACCCUCCCGCUCAUAUCCCAUGCAUCUACAAAGAAGGACAAGAAAUCAAAUAAACCUCCGCUGCCUUCCCCCUGCCUCACUGCACACCCCACAGCCCCCUCCCCUGAAGAUGGCCCUUCAAAACACCCGCUCCCUCAAUAACAAAGGACUCAUCCUAGCUGACUUCAUAACAGACAAUAACCUGGACUUCCUCUAUCUAACUGAAACCUGGCACAACCAUCUCGACCUCUUUCCACUCAACCAAGCCACCCCCCCGGUUACUCCUACCUGCACCAACCCCGCCUCACUGGACGAGGCGGAGGCGUCGCAGUCAUCCACAAACAAACCCUCAAGACCACCCCCGUCCCCACCCUGUCCGUCCACUCAUUUGAAAAUAUAUCCGUCAAACUCCCUGGCCCCACCCCUCUGGUCAUUGUCACUAUCUACCGCCCCCCCAAAGCCACAUCCAUCAUUCCUCUCUGAUUUCUCUGACUUUGUCACCCACCUUAACACCAUCUCAUCCUCUGUCCUGCUGCUUGGAGACUUCAACUUUCACAUUGACAACCCCACCUGCAAACAAGCAUCCGAUUUCCUGGAUCUGCUUGACACCCUCAAUCUCACCCAGCAUGUGCAGUCCCCCACCCACUCCCAUGGCCACACCCUCGACCUUGUCUGCUCCACCGGCAUCUCCAUCCACCAUCUCUCCACCACCACCCUCUAUAUAUCUGACCACCUGUCACUUUCAACGUCGACCCCCCCCCCCCCCCCCCCGCCUCACAGUGAAAAACGACAAAUUUCCUUCAGAAACCUCAAAUCCAUCUCGCCUCAGGACCUCUCCGCUUCCCUAUCUGCCACCCUCACUGCAUCCCCUCCCUCACCAUCUGCUAAACUUCCCGACCUACUCAACUACUACAAUGACACUCUAUCCUCCUGCCUGGACCAGCUCGCACCUCUCAAAACAAAAACAGUUUCAUUCAGACACUCUGCCCCCUGGUUUACCUCAGAACUACACAAAAUGAAAUCCCACAAACGCCAACUGGAACAUCUAUACCGCAAAACCGGCCUCACUGUCCAUCUCCAAGCCUACACCGACCACCUCCACCUAUACAGAACAGCCCUCAACUCCGCUCGUUCCUCCUUUUACUCCAACCUCAUCCACUCCGGCUCCAGUAACCAAAAGGCUCUUUUCUCCACCGUCAAAAAACUGCUCCACCCCAUAGACAGUACUUCCAUCACCUUCACCCCGGAAAAAUGCAACACAUUCCUCUCCUCUUUUCAAUCCAAAAUCAACGCAAUCCACAACUCCCUUCCCCCACCCUCCAUUCCCCGCUCCUCCCCCCCCCCCCCCCCAUCCCAUCAGCACUCUCCUGCUUCUCACCUGUUUCCUCAACCGACGUGA